AUGGGAACCCUUACCCAGCGACAAACCGUGCACAAAGUGGCCAUAACCGCCCAUUACGAGGGGGUCAAAGCCCAGACUCAACCCCCUGUCACAAACGAGAUGCCAAUCCAAGGCGUUGCCAAAUUAGUCCCUUCAUCCUGGGUCCCCUACGUGCAACUAAUGCGGCUUGACCGGCCGGGCUUCCUCGGCUUCUUCAUGCCAACCCUGAUGGGACUUUCCGCCGGGGCCACUCUAGCUGAUCCACCUAUCGCCCCCCUUGAUUUCCUCAAAUCCUUCCUCUUCUUCUGGUUCGUCACCAACUUCAUCCGCGGGGCCGCCUGCACCUGGAACGACAACCUCGACCAAGACUUCGACCGCCAAGUGCCCCGGACCCGCUGUCGGCCCAUUGCCCGCGGUGCCGUCUCCACCACGCAAGGCCACAUCUUCACCCUUGCUCAAGUCGCCAUCACCGCAUGGAUCCUGAGCCACCUCCCCGCCCAAUGUCAUGCUUAUAGUUUCGCCAUGGGCGUGCUCCACGCCAUCUACCCCCUCUGUAAACGUUUCAUGGACUUCACCCCCGUCUUCCUGGGUCUGCCCUUCUCCGUGACUAUGAUCCUUCCCGCUGUCGGGAUGGGCGUGGACCCCUUCUCUGCUCCUGCGGCUUGCUUGUUCAUGGUCGAGUUCAUCUGGACGAUCAUUUAUGAGACGAUCUACGCACACCAGGACGUGCAGCAUGAUGUCCAAGCCGGAGUGAAGUCCAUGGCGGUGCGGUAUAGACAUUCCACUAAGAUCAUUGCCUCCGUGCUGGGUGUAGUCAUGGUUGGGCUUAUGGUUGCUGUGGGUGUUCUUGCUGGCUUGUCGGGCAUUUACUUUCUCGUGGGCUGUGGUGGCACGGCGCUUUCGUUGGUGGUUAUGAUUUAUUCGGUGGAUUUGACUAAGCCUGCUAGUUGUCUGUAUUGGUUCCGUAUGGGCUUCUAUAUUGUGGGUGGCAGUAAAUCGGCUGGGUUUUUAGCCCAGUAUUUGGUGGAUCUUUUGGGAUAA